AUGAAAUUAGUAAUUGCUAUUUUAAUUACUUUUGCUUUAAGCAUAGAAAUCAAAAGACCUUAUGAUUUCCCUGAUGGAAUAGAAGAAAACGCUCAAGCUCAAAAACGCUCACGCUGGAUUGCAUGCUUAUUACUUUGUCGUGCAAAAUUGAUACAAGAGCCAAAUGAAAUUCAAGACAUUCUUUUCUCUACAAAGCAUGACCCAGAUCUCACAAAAAAGAAAAUUCUAGCCGAUAUCCUUUAUAACUGCAAUCAAAAAAUAUCCUGAAAAGAUGCUGAAGAGUUAAUCACAGACCAAAUCAUCGAUUUAAAUCAGCCUUUUAUUAAAUCAAUCGUAAAAGUUGACAGAGAACAAUUUUUAAAUGAAAGCUCCAGUAUUGGCCUGACUCCAAGCCAAGUAGAACUGCUUGAAAAAAUUGAAAAAGAAUAUAGUAUGCCUCCUGAUGAACUUCCGCCAUCACCUUAUAUGAUAAAUGAGCCGAUGGAGACUCCUGUGACGCAGCCGCAAUUUCAAAUUGUUUCAAGCACAACGAAUUACUACUUAGGAGUAAUUGGAGGAGUGUUUUUAUUCUUUGCAGUGAUUUUCAUCAUUAAAAAGGUGAGAUCUCUAAAUGUGGGAGUUGCAAAAAAGAAACCAAAGGGUAAAAAAUAUUUAUAA